AUGGCAAACCAAGCCGAUCGGGCCUCUCAGCGGCCACAGAUAGCCGAAACAAGUACAAAUGUGGGCGAGGAAGACGAAAAUGGAGGAGCUGCAGAUGUCACCAGGACCACCACGAAAAGAGCGAAAAUAAAUCAAGGAUGGAUGGUGAAGUCUUCCUUGUUGAAAUACUUUGAUGUAAAGUUCAAAGACGGCAAGAAAAUCGCCAAUUGUAGACAUUGCGGAAAAUGUUACAAAGAAGGGGAGUCCACUGGAAACUUGAGCAAACAUGUACGGGCUGUACACCCAGCAGCCUUUCGAGCCCACAAUGGAAAGGUUGAUAAAAAUGUAGUGUUAGACUGCUUUAUCAAAAAGAGAAAAUCACUAAGCAUCUCUCAAUCAAUAUCUAAUGAGUUCAAAAAAAACCCACAUACUUUCAGGACUGCUUUGCUUGUUGCAGAGGGAUUUUUGCCCCUGAAUUUUGUCGAGCUCACAAUGUGGAGCACGUUCAGCGACGACAAUCAGUCAGUCGCUCCUGUUCGAUCGAGGGCAAAAAUAUUUUGUCAAUAUUUAUGGAGCUGUUGGAAAAGCAUAAGCUUGCAGACAAAAUAGCAACGCUGACCAUGGACAACGCCAGUAACAAUGUCUCAAUGUACCAGUCGUUCAUUUUUUCGCUUUUCAAUGACAAGAAGCCUUUGGCAGGCCGUCUCCUAGGUAAGACCCGCUAUGUUCGAUGCGCAAGCCAUGUUCUGAAUUUGCAUUUCAAGACGAUAGUUUUGGAAUUGUUUAAAAACGCUGAUUUCGCAGCAGCUUUACAUCGAGUCAAGACGCUGGCAAAGACCAUGAGACGUAAUACUCGAAUCUGCGGUAGUUUGAGAAGUGCUAAUAUACCAUUCAUUCCGCUUGAAGCUCCCACCCGGUGGAUGUACACCUGGCGUCAACUGAAUUCAUUUCUUGAAAAUUAUGCCAGAUACAGAUGUGGUUCGAGAAGCAUGAGGAGAACGGUGAUUCGGAUAUCAUCUAUAUGCUUCGUGAAUACAUCUAUUAUGACGAUCGAACUCUAAACAUGCUAAAUUAUUUUGUUCAAAGCCUCCAAUUCUUCAACGACUUUUCAAUGAAGCUUCAAAAUGAAUCUUACAAUCAUCUUUCGAACGGAGUUCCCUUUUACUACUUGGUGGACAGUUUUUACUCUUAUUGCGAAGGUGCUUUGAAAGGCCACGAGAUCCGCAAAAACCGGUCCGGUCAUGAUUUCUCAUUUCUGAAUGGAGCCGCCGAUCUCGAGCUUGGCGAUAAACAACUAAUUUUGAACGCUAUCUUAGCUUCACGAAAGAGCCAUCAAAAAUAUCUGACUUUGGUACGGCAGGACCCAAUUUACUAUGCGGCAAUGAUACUUGAUCCAGGUGCUAAGACAGGGGCCUUAUACAGAGUGAUGUCAAAGGAGGAAGCCGACCAAAAAUUGAGAGAGACUGGCCACUUCAUUCAAAGCUAUUUCAAGGAGUUCGACGAUUCUGUUGAUUCGCCAUCCUUAACGCCUGUCGACACGGAGGCUGCACGUGGAACAGGAGAUUUCAUUUGCGAUAGAGUUGACUUUCAGGGCACAGAUGACCGCUCGCAGCUUUCGACUAAUGCUGAUACGCUAGUUCCAGAAGAUGAUGACUUUAUGGAAGAAUUCUAUGCUUAUCUGCGAGAGCCUCUUCUGAAAAAUAGGUCGAAGGAAACAGCUGUUGCUUGGUGGUAUGAGCAUCGAUACAGGUUUCCGAGACUCUUCCCUCUUGCAGUAUCGUUGUUUUACACAAAGCUCAGCUCAUGCGAAGUGGAAAGAGUGUUUUCUUUGGCAUCGCGGGUAAUGAGAAAGGAUAGAACGCGACUUUCAUCUAGAAACUUCAAUUCAUUGAUGCUGCUGCGAGAUAGAUUUUCCCAGUUUGGCCUUUACAAACGCGGACCUUCCGGUGUUCGUGAUGUUUGCAACGAGAAGUAUGACAUAUACGAAGAGGAUGAAGGCCUAUCAGAUCCAUUCGAACUUUACGCUGCUUCUGAUGAUACUAUGUGCGGAAGCGACCCAGAUCUAACUGGAGAGGAAUCGGAAUUUGAGGCAGGUGAUUUAAAUGAAGAAGAUUUGAGUGUAGCUGAGCCAAAUAGUACAUAG